CUUUCCGCCACCUCCACCUCCAUUUUUGCUUCCCUUUUACUCCUACAGUACCUCAAACCUACACACCAACAAACCAAUUCCCCUGCAAACAAGAACAAUAACCCCGCUCAAAAUGACAGCCACCACCCACCCAACAACCAUGAAAGCCUGGCUCUACACCACCACCUCCCCCACCCUCGAAGCCAACCUGACGCUACACUCGACCGCCCGCGCGCCCCCCGCGCCGCUCAAGCCGUCGCAGGUACUGAUCCGCGUGCUCACCACUGCCCUCAACCCCGCCGACUACAAAGUCCCCGCCAUGCCCAUCGUCUCGACCGCUCUGAUCCGCAAACCCGCCAGCCCGGGCCUCGACUUCGCCGGCGAAGUCGUCGCCACCGCCGACACCACCACCACAUCCUCCUCCUCCUCCUCCUCCUCCUCCUCAAGCUUCACCCCCGGCCAGCUCGUCUACGGCACACUCGACCUACCCACACAGUUCGGCACGCUCGCCGAAUUCCUCAUCGCGCGGGAGGAGAAUCUCUCGCCGAUCCCGGAGGGGGUGUCGCUCGACCACGCCGCCACCGUCGGCGUCGCGGGGAUGACCGCGUGGCAGUCGAUCGCGCCGUUCUUCACCCCCGACCAGGGUGAGCGGGUGUUCAUCAACGCCGGAUCCGGGGGCUGCGGGAUCUUCGCGAUUCAGAUCGCCAAAGCGCUGGGCUGUAUGGUCACGACGACGUGCUCGACCAAGAACGUGCAGCUGUGUCGCGAGCUAGGCGCGGAUGAGGUGAUCGACUACACGACGGAGGAUGUGGUGGCGGUGCUGAAAGCCCAAGGCCAGGUGUAUGAUCAUGUGGUCGACCAUAUCGGGCUGCCGGCGGAGCUGUACAAUGAGUGCCACGCUUUCCUGAAACCCGGCAAGACGUUUGCGCAGGUCGGGGCGACGCGGUUCCCAACUUUUGCGACGCGGUUGCUGCGUCCGGGUUUCCUGGGCGGUGGGAAGCGUAGGUAUCUGCCCAUCUUCUGGAAGCCCAAUAAGUCGGAUCUGGUGCGGGUGGGCGAGUUGAUCCAGACGGGCAAGGUGAAGGUCGUGCUGGAUAGUGUGUGGGAGUUUGAGGAUGCGCCGAAGGCGUUUGAGAAGUUGCGCUCGGAGCGGGCGCGGGGGAAGGUUGUGGUGCAUGUAGCAGAGGCCUAGGGAGGUGGGAUGUGUGGUGUAUAACAAGUAGCAUGUAGCAUUUUUCGGUGUUCUAUGUACAGUACAGUACAGUGCCUUCUCUCUCAUUGAAUCACGGGGGGGGGGGUUCCGUUCACUACCUCCGAUGUUUAAUAAUGCUAUAAUCUUCACUUCUUCUCCUUCCUCUGCAAGAAAGUCAUAGCCGCCACGGCCAUAGCAUCCACCGCCGUCUGCAGCGUCGGCUCAAUAACGGGGGCAAAGAAGGGCGAGUGGUUACUUGGCAGCUCGCGCACGGUAUCC